AUGGAGCUUCUUCAGAACUUUAUGAGCACGCCUAGCGCGAGCGAGAAGGAGGUCAGCGACUCAAUUGCGACGCUCGUAGACCGCCUGUCGCAUGCGACGCUACUGACCGACCGUCGGGCUGCUGUUUUGGGGCUUAAAUCGUUCAGCAGACAGUAUCGGGAGAUUGUCAUUGCCCACGGUCUCAAGAGCCUUGUUGCGACUCUGCACAAGGACGUGCUCGAUCUUGACAUUGUCAGGGCGGUGCUCGAAACGCUUUUAAUUCUGUUUAUUCGGGGCGAGGGCGAUGAGGACCUAACAAGGAGCUGGAUAAGCCAGCAGACUAGACUCAAGAACGGCAAGUAUCCGUCGCCGAGUUUGGUGCUCGACAAUGUGACGGACCAGUUUUCGCUGUGGAUUUUUGACGAGCUGACUCAAUCGGUGAAAAGUUUUGAUAUCCUGGUGGAUCUCGUUGAAGCAGACGAUCUUCAUAUCAAGCUGUACUCGUUGCAACUGCUCCAGGCACUAUGUUCGACGCGGCCGCUGCGUACCAAAGAGCUAAUCCUUAAGUCGCCGCUGGCGAUUUCAAAGCUGUGCCAGGCGCUCGACGACCCCUACGAGCCGAUCCGGAACGAGGCUAUUCUGCUGCUGAUGGGAGUCGUCAAGGACAACUUCCACAUCCAGAAGCUGGUCGUUUUUGAGAAUACAUUCGAAAAAUUGUACCGCAUUAUAGAGGACGAGGGCCGAAUUGAGGGCAAUAUCGUCGUUCAGGACUGUUUGUCGCUGAUCGCCAACUUGCUAAGAUACAACGCCAGCAACCAGAAGUUUUUCAUCGAGACCAAUUGCAUGUACAAGCUCGCAGAGUUUUUGGACCAGCCCCUGGCUGAGAGCGAAUUAGGGCCGUUUGUGUGGAACGAGCAACGGCUCCAGAACCUGCUCACCACGCUUGACACAUGCAGGCUGUUUGUGGCCGAAGGAGUUGAGGCCAUUGAGCAGGCGCAGAGGGCUCUUGUGAGUUCUGACAUUUUGAUGCUGAUUUUGCGUCUGGUAUUUUCCAUCAGCGUUCCGAACGUCGUCCGGGUCAAUGCGCUUCUUACAACUGCAGAUAUCAUCCGCUCGAACGCCGAGAUCCAGCUACAGUUCUCCCAGAUCGACGUCCCGUACAUGGACCCCACGCUACCCGCUGCAGCACAGAAGAUGGACGAGAUCGUUCCCGUGAUAGAUGCGCUCCUCCACUGGUGUCUUUAUGCGAACUCUGUCCAUUUGUUUGAUUUGCGGGUGGCCUCUGUGGUGGUGCUGCACGCGUACUUCAAGGACAAUGAGGACGCCAAAUACGCCUUUCUGAAAGAUCAGAAAUACGAGUUCAACAAACUCAACGGCGUUCCCGACAGCGAGGACGGUGAGCAAGAUGGCGCGAACGGUGAGGCCGAAAAUGAUGCAAAUGGCGAGAGCAGAUCGGCUUCGACGUCCUUCACGGGAGCCAACUUGUUUGCCACGCUCAUCAACGUCGACAACGACCUGCAACUGAACCCUUAUAAAAUCUGGUUUACGUGUCUGAUUCUUAUCUACGUGUUUGAGAACUAUGACGAGGGCCGCGAACUGGCGAUGUCUGUGCAGAUUGGCAACGCAAGCGCCAACGAGGACGUGCUAAACAUAAUUGAGGCCGUCGGCCAGGCCCUUUGCUCGAGUCUGCGCUUCAAAGACCCGCGUGUCCCAAUCGCCUAUAUGAUGCUACUGAGCAUCUGGCUCUGGGAGAAUUUCCGAGCCGUGGACCUGUUUUUGCAGGACCAGUCCAUUCUCGACCAGCUGCUUGCGUACCUUGUCGAGGCAAACGAUGAGAACCUGCUAGCGCAGGGCAUGGUGGUUGUUUUGCUGGCUAUAGUGUACGAAUUUACAAGAAAAAAUUCGCCUGUGAGCCGCCAGCAGCUGAGCACGUUGCUGAGAAGCCGGGUCGGAGACAAUGCGUUCAGUUUGAAGUUCCAGCAGUUCGAGAAGAGCGACGCGUUUUCUAACUACGACGAGGAAACUCUACUGAAUCCAGAGAGAGACGACACGGGGCUGCCGCAGGUGUACUUCGACCCGUUGUUUGUGCAGCUCGUUAAGGAGAAUUCCAGACGGCUCCGGGGAGCCAUAGGUCACGAUCCAUCGUUUGAGCCUCUGGAGAAGCUCAGUUUCGACGCUUUUGAAACCGUUCAGAACGACUGCCUAGCGCUGGCCAACGAUUUGAAGACUGUUCGCAAGGAGGCGGACGAGACGAUCGCGAAACAGAAAGCUGAGAUCGAGCGACUCGUUUCCGAGUACGACGAGCUUGCGCAGACAUACGAGACUACAAAGAGCGAACUUGAGAAGCUUGAAAGAGACAGAGAGCUACUGGACACGAACUACACCAAGAGCUCUGAGGAUAUAAACAAGCUUACGCAGCUCAAGAAUGAGCUGGAGCAGAAUUUGUCGCAACUGUCCACGCAGCAUAGGGAAGCAACCUCCAAGGUGACCUCGCUGGAAGCAAGCAAUAAACAGCUCUCCGAGAAGCUCACCGUUAUUGAGCAGCAAAAGAGCAAAGCAGAGGAUGGAAUCAACAAGAUGAGCCGCGAAUUGAUGCAGCUGACAAAGGACAAUGAGUCGCAGAGCAAAACGAUAAAAACUCUGGAAAAAGAGGCACAGAAGACGGCGAAGGCCCACGAAAAGCUCCAGCAGCAAAUAGCGCAGCAGCAGGAGAAGAUUGCAGGACUGGAAUCUAGAAUUCAUGGUCUGACUGUCGAGCUGAAAAAAGGUGACGAGAACUACAUUGGUCUGCGAAAGACCUAUGAGGAGACGGUUGGAAAAUUAAAGGCGGCAGAGCAGGAGGUUGAAAGAUUGCGUAGCACACAUUUGGAGGCCACUCGGAGCCUUGAGUCGAUAAGGAAGGAGACAGAGACGUCUACUAGUUCUCUGAAGAAGCAGCUUAUGAGUCUGACUGCGCAGAAGGCCGAGCUGGAGGCAUUGAAUGAGGACAUUAACCGCCAAUUGGAGAAUGUGAGUGCAGAGCGAGAGAAACUCCGCAAAGAGGCAGAGGACGAGCGAAAGCGGCUGCAAGAGGAGAAGCAGGCACUCGAAGAUGAGAAGAACGAGCUCCGGAAGAACUGGGACGACGAGAAGCAGAGAUUAGAGCAGGAGAAAGAUAUUCAGCUGAAGGAAUACGAGGAAAAGCUCAAGCGGCUGGAGGGUUUGUCCAAGUCUUCUGCAGUGCUCGAGGAGAGGCUCGAACAGACUACACAGGAAAAGGAGGAGUUGGAGACGGCCGUUACGUCUCUGAAGAAGCAGCUUGGCGAGACGAGGGAGCUGAAGAACACAGCUACAGAGGAAAAGAAGUCGCUCGAGUCGACAAUCUCAAUGAUCUCAUUGAAUGUGGAGGCCAAGGACGAAGAGUGUCGUCGGCUGAUGAAGGAGGCAGAGGAAUUGAGGAAGGAGAAGGAGAAGAAACUAGCCGAUUUCUCAGAGCUGGAAAAGAAGCUUGCUGACUAUGAAUCUGUCAAAAAGGAACUUGACUCGCAUUUGAGAGAGAUAGAAGUUCUGAAAGCUGACCUGGAGAAGGAGAAGGCCGAAAAGAAAGAGCUUGUCGCAACGCACGAGAAAGAGUUGCAGAACCUCAAGUCUGAGUUAAGCGGCAAAGCUGAAGAGAUUGAGAGGGAAAGGGCACUUUUGGCUGGAAACUCUGAUUCCGUCGUCAAGGAGUAUUCUCUCAAGAUUAGUGCUUUGGAUGAGAAGCUGAAAGAAACCGAAAAAGAGCGGGAUGCAGAGCUCUCAAAAUUAAAGGAGGAGGUGAAACUACUGUCGAGUGGAAAAGAGGAGUUGUUGAAUUCAGAAAAAUCCAAGGAGGCUGAAAUCAAACUGCUACAGGACAGGCUGACACUCAUGGAGGAGGGUUUGAAGCAGAAGGAGAGUGAGGUCGAGGCAAAGGGCGCCGAGCUUCAUGCCCUCAAGGAGAAGAUGAAGGAACAGCUUCGUGAGCUCGUGGAUCUGAAGAAGCAAUUGAAGGAAAACGGGAAGCUGAAGACGGAUCUGUCAGAGCUCGAGGCAUAUCGAGAAAAAACCCAAGACUACGACGAGCUACAAAAGAGGGGGGCCGAAUAUGACGAACUGAAGAAGAAAACUGCAGAUUACGAGACGCUGAAGUCUAAGGCCGCCGAACAGGAGCAGCUGCAGAAACAGGUAGUCGAAUUAGAGCAAAAGCUCAAGGAUGCUGAAAGCAGACAGAAAGACAUGGUCCCUAAAGGAGACCUUGACGAUCUGAUGUUGCUAAUGAGCGAGCUAGACGAAAAAAACAAGCAGAUGAAGCUGAAACUCAAGUCGUUAGGCGAGGAGGUGAGCGACUUUAGCGACGAGUCCGACGACGACGACGACGACGACGACGAGUAG